AGCCCCCGGAAGAGGUCGGUGCGGCGCCAUUUUGUUGUUACCUCCCGGGGUGGGCCGGGGCUUUGGCGGGAGCCUGCGGCCUCGAGUGUGUUGUUGUCCCGGGCGGGAGGUGAUGGAGGCUGAGGGCCGGCUCGCGGCGAUGCGCUUUGCCGCGCUGUUGAACAAGAUCUCCCAGAGCCUGAGCCGGGACAAUGUGGAUUCGCUCAAGUUCCUUUGCCGGGAGAUGAUCGGGAAGAGGCGGCUCGAGGUGAUCGCCAGCGGCCUGCAGCUCUUCCAGCAGCUCGAGGAGCUCAACCUGCUGGGCCCCGACAACACGGACACCCUGAGCGGCCUCCUCUCAGCAAUACAGCGCCAUGACCUGCAGCAGCAGCUGGGCGCCUUCCAGCAGCGGGGCCAGGAGCCGCAGGCAGACUCCGGGAAUCUGAAUGUUGCAUUCAAUAUAAUUUGUAAUGAACUUGGAAAUGAAUGGCGGAUGUUCGCAAGAAAACUGGGACACAAAGAAGCAUUACUUCAGCAGAUCGAAUACAAACAUCCACGCAACAUGCGAGAACAGAUUCAUCAGUCUUUGAUAGAGUGGCAGAAAAGAGAAGGAGAACAAGCUACUGUAGAUAAACUGCUAUCAGCGCUAAGGAGCUGCAAACUUAACAUGGUAGCAGAUUCUGUUGAAGAAGAGGUAUAUAAGUCUGAUUGAUUUCUAAACUGAGAACGCAAACUAUUAUCUCAAUGGCACAAAAAUACUUGAGACAUCCAAAGCAAAUACUUUGAUUCCUUUUGAAACUUAAAGGUGCAGUUCUCUUGUCCAGUAACCUUUACUUAAUUCUAUAAUUACCAUCGAGCUCUUACUGAUCAGAGUUUUGUUGAAAGUCACUGAAUGUUUGAGGUUACUCAUGGCACUCAACUCAAAGGCUUCCUGCGUGUUCCUCUGAAGAAGUAUGCAUUCACUCUAUAACCUCAUUGCAGUGGUUUAGAAUACACACCAGUAUUAACCUCAGAGUGUGAAUUGGAUGUGAGGGUUCAAAUUACCUGGAGCACAAAGCAGCAUUAACUGCCUCCUUCAUUUCAGGCUUUUCUGCAUAUUCACACUGCUAUGACAGCAAGAUCAAUGAAAGGCAAAAUCACUUCACCACAGGAUCAUAGUGUGAAUGCAGACCUCAAUCAAGUUGUAAAACAAUAUUUGGAAUAAGUUCCUAAAACUGUUUUGGAUUCCUGUGGGGAAGAAAGAACUCUGACAAAUUUUGCAAAUGUCUUGGGAACCUUCACAAAUUAUGUUGUUCAAAGCGACAAUACAAAUUGCAUUGUUUUUAAAAUUGUGGAAGAUUGUACUUUCUUGAUAAAUUGCCAAGGAUAAAACAUUGAAUUAUUUCAGUUUUUAUUCCUGAUGGAAAGAGCUUCCAUGAUAUUACCAGCUAUAAAAACUGUUCAUCCAAAUUUGUACUGAACUGAGGUGAUGAAUUGGUACGACUGAAAAAAGAUGCAAUCUGGUUUUGAGAGUUGUUGACCACAAGAUCUGUUAAAUGAAGUUUGGCUUACUAUUUGCCAGAAUAGUAAGGCUAAUUUUGUUAACUUCUCCACCUUGGCUUCACAUAAGUUUUACAAUUCUUGUGAUUACUAGACACCUGCCCCCCCAAUGCAGGGACUAUUGCUCCAUUAGGACAAAUGCCUGAAUACUUGAAUGCAGUAUUUUCUGUCAUUAUCUUCUCUGCUAGCUGUCCAGUUUCAUCAGGAUAGACGUUGAGAUGCUUGCCUGAGUGUUAAUGUUUCAAGUGAAAGGCCUUGCAUUUGUCCUUUUGUCCAGGUUGCAAGGAUAGCAUGGAGGGAAAUUGCAUCAGCGCCCUCUUUUUGUGCUUUUUGCAAACAAACAAGAAAACCUAAAUUGUACAACACUGUUCAUGAUUCUAGAGCAGGGAGCAAUUUAGAAGUUUUGUUGCUGUCUUAGGGAAAUAGAACAGCUAGUUUGUGCAUGGCACACUCCCACAAACCACUAAGUAACUCAGCUCAUCCAUUUGGAAGUGUUCCUCAGGGGAUAAAUAUUGCUCAGGACAUCUACAAAAGUCUAUUUAAAAAAGUGGCAUAGGAUUUUAAAAUCCAUGUGAGAGAUGAAGAAAAGGAUUCUGUUUAACAUUUCAUCCUAAGAUAGUAAUUCAAACAAUAUGACCCAGAUUAUAGGAUAAUCUCUGGUAUGGAGAGAUUAUUUUAGAAGCAAAUGUUAAACAGUUUGGGACUCUACUUAUAGAAUUCUUACAACAUGGAAGCAGGCCAUUCAGCCCACCACAGCCCUCCAAAGAGCAUCCCACCCCACUUCCCUAGCCCUGUAACCUUGCAUUUCCCAUGACUUUUCCACCUAGCCUGCACAUCCCUGGGUGCUUUGGACAAUUUAGCAUGGACAAUGACUGUUGGAGGAAACUGAGCACCCAGCGGAAAUCCGCACAGACAGAGCAUACAACGGUCGUCAGAGGGUGGAACCUGGGUCCCUGACGCUGUCAGGAAGCAGUGCUAACCACUGAACCACCUUGCCACCCAUGGAGUUCGUGAAUGUACUCACUAGAGUUCAGAAGAAUGAGAGGCAAUCUCAUUGAAACAUAUAGGAUACUUAAGGAGCUAAACAGAGUAAUUGCCAGGAGGAGUCUAGGAAAUAGUCUGAAAAUGGAGGGGCACCGAUUUCAGACUGACGUGAAGGAAUUUCUUCUUUCAGAGAGGUAUGAGUCUUUGGAAUUGCUUGCCAGAGAGAGCUGUGGGGUAGAGACAGAUCAAUUCUUCUGGGAAUCAAGGGUUAAGGUAGAAAUGCAGGGAAAUGAAUAGAAGGAAUGUUGGAUGAUCCUGUUGAAUUGCAGAGCAGGAUCGAGGGCCAAAUGGCCUACUCUGUUCUAAUUAUUAUUAUAUAAACACUGGAAAUACUCAGCAGUGUGGCAGCAGGAGGGGAGAGAAAAAUAAGUUAACAUUUCAAGUUCAUCUGAGCUGGAAAAAGUAAUGCAGAUGUUGCAAGUUUUUAAGCAAAUACCCAGGUAAGGGAAAAGAUGGAAAGGACAAAAGGCAAGAUCCAUGAUGGGGUGGAAGGCAAGAGUGUUGAAAUGACAAAAGAGGUGAUAGACAAGUGAAAAGGAAGUGGUAAAGGAGCAAGGUCCAAAGGUGGUGUAAAUGGUCAGUCCAGAAUCAUAAACCAAUAAAACGAGGGCAUUACUGGAGUUCUGCAGUGGGGCUUGAAUUGACCAGUUUGAUGCAAGUAUAAAUACUGCCACCUAGGUCUGAACUUAGUGCCACUUAAAUGUAAUGUUGGCUGUUAUUUCAAAGGAAAUUGAAUAUGGAAGUAGGGAGCUUUUGCUAAAACUAUACAAUACAUUCAUACUGGCAUUGGAGACAGCCAUGAGGCUGCUCCUCGGUAUGGAGGCACUGUUUAUGUGGAGAAUAUGUUGAACGUGUACUCAUUGGAAUGUAGAAGAAUGAGAGGUGACCUUUCUGAAACACACAAGAUUCUUGGGGGACUUGACCGGGUAGGUAUGGAAAGUUGCUUCCUCUUGUGGGAGAGUCCAGGUCCAGAGGGCAUCAUCUCAGAAUAAGUGGUCACCCAUUUAUGACACAAAUGAGGAAUUUCUGUCUUAAGGGUCAUGAAUCUGUGGAAUUCUUGUUGUCACUAAGUAUAUUCAAAAUGUGAGACAGAAAGAUUCUGAGUCGGUGAGGGAAUCGAGGGUUUUGGGGGAAAGGCAGAGAAGUUGAGUUGAUGAUUAUCAGAUCAAUGAUCAUCUCAUCCAGUGGCAUGAGUGGCCACUUCUCUCGCGUUUUAUGGAUUCAAUGUAUUCUCUAGUUCUUUUGUAAUGAGGAAUAAUCUCACAAUGUGCAUGCAAACGUAGUUGUUAUACAACCACACUGCUUGGAAGGAGCAAUCAUUUUGCAACAUGCCUGUUUUAGGUGAAAUGACUUUCUGCAUUCCAUGUGUGUAUGCCGGAGACCACAGCUCCAGUUUCUUUGUUAAGGACCUGCUUUUAAAUAUUUGGGAGAACCUACCCUUGAGGGAUUAUUUUUGCGUUUGCUGCAUAGGAUGAGCCAGUCUAAGAAGCGCCUGAAGCAUCUGCCCCGAAGUAUGGUAUUAACUGGCACACCGGAGCACGAGACGUGCAAAUAUUUCUUUUUCUUCGUCAUGAUUCAGCGUGUGCCAUAUCAUGUGAUGAACCAAAAACCUGGAAUGUUGAGCUCUGUAUGAUAUAUACUAUCAGCUGGUAUCACUUAAGGAGCUAUUUAAUUUUCAAUUCCCAUGCAUAAUAUUUUAGGAAAAAGUCUUCAGACUUAACAAACCCAAACAAUUAUUGAAAGAUCAAACUAUCAAUUGCUGGUCAGAUUUUGAGAGUUCCCUUUUUUUUUGCCAGUGAUCAACUUGUCUCUUUGUAAGACAAGAAAUAAGAGCAAUCACCAACCCUGACAUGGCACUGCAAACAUCGCUGGCUUGCCCACCUCAGCCCUACACUUGGUCAGUGUGGGGAUUGAACCCACACCUUGGCAUUAUUAGCACCACGCUCUAACCAGCUGAGCCAACCAACCAAUGCGCCGAAAUGUCGAUUUUCCUGCUCCUCGAAUGCUGCCUGACCUGCUGUGCUUUUCCAGUGCCACUCUAAUCUAGGCUUAUAACCAUGAAACAAUUGUCGAUUGUCAGGAAAAACAAUCCUGUUCACUAACAUCCUUUGGGGAAGAACAUCUGCCGUACCUAUCCUGGUCUACAUGUGACUCCAGACCCACAGCAAUGUGGCUACCCCUUAAAUGCCCUCUGAGCAAUUAGGGAUGGGCAAUAAAUACUGGCUGAGCCAACAACGUCCACAUCCUGCGAACAAAUAAAGAAAAAGUAUUUAUAUUCUCAUGUAUUCUUAAUUCCUUUGUCUCAAACCCAUUCUGUUGUGCCCUGCAACAGUCUUCCUCAGUAGACUAGUCCUAAAGCUUGUUACUUUGAGUGAGUAUUUUGCCUAGUUCCCUCCUGUACUGAUUGUAACAAGGUCAACCAGGCAGACCUCAUUGAUUGAGUUCCCUGAUUAAUAGCCCCAAUCUGGUCAAGUCAGGGAGCCUUGGCUAACAUAUAUUAACAGGUGAUUAGAAUCUCCUCAGGUUAGGGGACUGACUCAGUGUGUUCCUGCUACUGUUGGAUUCUGGUUUUGAGGAGGAGAGUUUAUUUCUCUCUCCCCUUGUCAAGGGAAGACAUUUGUUCUUUUGGUUUACAUUUUUUUGUGUUUGUUUUUCCUUUCGAUUUGGACUGUCUUCAGCUGGGCAGGCAGUUACCACCACUGCUGCAGCCUGGGCCUGCUCCUACAAGAAAAAGAAAAGUAAAUAAACAGGAGUGUCAGAGGUUCUGGUCAGUCUGAGAGCUGGCUCUGAGGGAGCUGGACCAAUGUUGAGUAUUAUGCAUGUGUAAAUAAAGGGUGAUUUGGUAAUGGGAUACCAGCUUUUAUGAAGUUAUUUCAUGUAGUAUUCAAAUUCUCCACAAUAAAUAAUGUUUUAUAAGUA